UUGUUUCCAAAUAUUCGGCGUUCAUUGCACAUAUCUUCACGUUUGCAAUACUAGCUCCCACAUACCGAGUCUAACACCACAAAUCCACAGAUAUGAUAUGUACAAGAUGCAGAACAGUGCUCCUCUCGAAUCUCCGCACCAUCAGAAACCAGGGCAAUAGUUACCAUAACAACAGACUCUGGAGCCCACAUUCCAGGUUAAAAUUCCGGCUUCAUUCCACACUGCCAGUGAAGAGUAAGCCGGUAUUUCAAAGACCAGAGGUGAAGAGAGAAUGGAGAAUACAUCCAAUGAUGAGCAUACCUGUCGUCUGCUUAUUCUUAGGGUGGUGGCAGAUAAACCGGCGAAAGGCGAAGCUGCAGCUAAUAGCAGACAUAGAGUCCCGGUACCUGUUGGAACCAGUUCCUUUUGUGAGUGGAGAGGAGUAUCUGGAGUAUACCCCCGUUAGAUUCACAGGUGAAUACGAUUACUCUAAAGAGUUCUAUCUGGGACCCCGGCACGAGAUAGUGGGUCACCGAGACAAAGGAGAGCCUGGUGGGUAUCACUCUAUAGUACCACUAACUCUAGAGACAGGAGAGAGAAUAUUAGUGGACAGGGGAUUCAUCUCUAAACGGACUAAGUCACCAAUAGGUCAGAUAGCAGGCAAAGUAACCCAAGUUGGCUAUAUCCGUCUCCCUGAGGGAGCAGUGAUGCCGGCCCUAGCCCCUGCCUCGGGGUCAACCCAAACCUACAUCUGGAGAGACUCCGGGAUGAUGGCUCAGAUUGCAGAGACUCUACCUGUUACUGUGGAGCUGAUGUCAGAAUAUUCUGUAGAGGGCGGUCCGUUGGCGGGACAGACUCGGUUAUCAGUGUACAACAAGCACCUGGAAUAUGUGAUAACGUGGUGGGGCAUGGGUAUUGCUUCUCUUUUCUACAUUUUCCAGUUUCGGCGGAGACCCAAGGCUAUUCCUGGUGUUUUCAAGUGAUAAAGGUUUCACAGGUUAUAUCUAGUCUAAUUUUGUCGUUGUUAACGCUGCAACAGUUGGUGUGUAUUUUCCCUGUUGAAGGUUUGAACCAAAAGUGAAUGACAUUAGCAUUCCUUCGUAAUCAUCAUCUAAUUUCUAAUAAUAGAAUUUCGGUAGUAAGUUUGUCAUUCUAGUACUAAGUUUAUUUAUUAACUUAAUUAAGUUACUCAUUUUGUUAACGCCGUGACUGAUCAUUUCCGUGACCUGGUUUCUCAAAAUUAAUGAUCUCCGGUGGCCGGUGUUGUGAAGAACUCCAAACCUGACUAAUCAUAUUAUUAGAUUUCAAGGUUUGGUAAACAAAUCAUACUAUCCUUCAUUUGCCACUGAUAUAUUAUAUUAUAGUGAUAAUUAUGUUGUAAAUAUGUUAACGUAAUAUAAUACGCAUUCCUAAUUAACACCGUCUCACCUUUACUUGUUCGAUUAAUUGAUGCCCAUUGCCCAACCCUCAAUAGUUCAAAUACUUUCCCUUACUCCAAAUAUUCACAUGCUCUAGAUAUUCCUGUACUUUGUUGUACUUUACUGCCCGCUUGUUUUCCACUAAAUCGGUGAGAUGUAAGAAUGUUUGUUGCUUAGCUCGACUAACUUAUUACUAACAAUCUACCUGAAAAAGCUACCUUAUAUCCCUGAAAUAUCCCUGAAAAUACCCCAACCCCGACCCCCUAGGCCCCCAAUACCUCCGGCUUGUGCAGGAUAACGGUGUAGGAUAACGGCUCACCUCAGAUCCCUACCCUACACUCCCCCUACACAAUGACGAAGCCAUUGUAAUAAACCUAAUCCUACCACAACUAGAAGAGUGUAUCUAAUCUGCAAAUCUGUGACGUAACACAGCGGCCCACUCUAUUGCCCAGGUGCUGUUUGCAGUAGUAAUAGUGUACUCCCCCUCGAGUCACUAACUAACAAGUCGUCACAUACUCGCUCUGGUGGUGGCAUGACUACCGUGUCUUGUAUCAAUUAGCUGACAUUUGAGCUUCUUCCCGCUGUUUGUGAGAACGCGAUUUUGUAGUUGAUUGUAUUCGCUUUUUGGGGAUCUGGGCAGCAUGGAUUCAUGACGUGCUCUUAGUUUUGUAAUUUAUUCGGGGGGGGGAUCAUGUUUUUUGUCUGUUUUUGUCCGUUCUGUACCCCAUAUUUUCAAAACGGACAAAAAAUAGAGCGGACAAAAACGGACAAAAAAAUAACAUGACCCCCCCCCCCCCCCCCCCUUUAUUGUCUAGUUUAUUCGGUGAAAUUUUUACAGUUUGUCUGGUUUAUGAUUUAUCAUGAUAAUGCUACAUUUUUUGUAUGUGACCCUUUUUAAUUUGUCAAAAUAUAGUAUUUGAAGCAAAGCAUUUUUAAGUUUUU